AUGGUCAAGAUCAUUGUAGCUGCCUUGUCCGCCGGUGUCGCGUCUGCUUUCGGCACCAUCUCCGAGUUUCCGACAGAGAUGACCAGUCUCAUGGAUCAAACCGUGGAUCCGUGCACCGACUUCUUUUCGUAUUCGUGCGGGACGUGGUACAAUAAAACCACCCUCGACGCCAACCAAAGUACUAUAAGUGUGCUCACUGUGCUUGCGGCUGCGGCGGACAAGGAGAUCGAAAAGUUGUUGAACGCCAAGCUGCCUAAACUCGCCGAGUUCUAUGACGCGUGUAUGGACACUGCCACUUUAGACACCUUGGGCUUGGCUCCCAUCGAAGUUCACCUCAAGGCCAUCCGCAGCGCCAACACGACCGACGAAGCCAUCUUUCGCGGCGCAGCCAUCUCCAAGGCCACCGGCGUACCAAUGUUCGUGAAGCUGUCGGCCUCGCACGACGCCAUUGAAAUCACCCGCAACGUCUUGAAUGCCGAACCUGUGGAAUUACCGUUGGACCACAAUGAUUUCUACGGACAAGUGUGGUCCUUGAUUGAAGAGCCGUACCGCAACUACAUUGCCUCGAUCUUCAGGCUGGCCGGUCACGCGGAGGCGGAGGCGGCCACCAACGUCGUGAUUUUCUUUUUACGCACCACUGCCGGGGUAGAUCUGUCCAAUCGCAGGCUCCAAUCGGCCGUGACGUCCGACAACAUCCAGUUGUCGCUCAGCGCCGCCAACGCGUCGUAUCCAUUGGGGGUAGGUCUCCAAUUGCAAGCGUUUGGGUUCGACGUCCGCGAAAGAAGGGCUUCUCCCGUCUUGACCGUCGACAGCCUCAAGACCAUUAUCGAGUACAAAGUGCUCGACUUCAACGCGCCGUUCCUGUCAACACCGUUUGUGGAAGCACACUCGAACUUCCUUUAA